GCCUUUAUUGAUGUACGUAUUUUGUAUGCAAACGACAAACGUUAACGAUAUGCAAAUUUCUUGAAUCAAUUCUGUGAUAAGGAAACAGAAAUGGCGCCGCCGCGCGCUGAUAAGAAAAAGUUCUCGAAGGAAAAAUCAAAGAAGAAAACAGACAAGACGGAUUCAAAAUCGUCACUCCCAUCUACAACGAUAGCUGUAGCCAUAACGGCUUUCAUAGCCAUCUCCGUAGCAAUUUACUACAAGAACGGAUUUAACAUGGAAGGAAAGCUGGAUGAAGCACAAAGGACGAGCAUUAGAAACACGGCAAGGACUUCAAAUAACAAAAAAACCGAAAUUAAUGCGGAUUUCAAAAUUCUUCCUAGAUUGGACGGAGUUAAGGUUAGUGAUUAUCCAAGAAAUAUUCUAAAUUGGCUUCAUAUUUUUAAUUAUAUGACUUCAUUAUUUAUUACUUGACCGUAUUGUUAUGAUUGUGUUUCAGCUGAGUAGCCUUUACUGACGGGUCCGUAUUAAAUCAAUAGACUGUUUACAUUAAACAAAUGAGUUAAAGCAAUUUUCCUAUGAAUCCUUAACUUACUGUGUUUCAACACAGUCCCCUUAUGUCUCGCCUAUUAAAUAAGACCGUGUUCAGUCACGUUUUGCAAAAAAAAAUAUCUAUCGAAUAUUGCCUUUGUUGAAAUGAAUGUUCCGCGAAUUUCUACAAAUUUGCGAAGUUUUUUAAACAAAUGCUUAUUGAACAGAAAUGUGGUGGCUCAAAUAAAAAAAAAACAAGUCAAAUAGAAGCUAAAAAGCUAAUUCGAAAACAGAGUUUGUUCAUGCCAUUACGUUAUAACGGUGCCGUGACUUAGUCGCGCGAUAUUACGUUGUAAGCCCUGACGUUACAAAUAGCGACAAAGAAAAGCAUUUUCACUAGACAGGAGUUAACAUGAUUGCCAUUAAACAAAAGCUGAAAUAAAUAACCUAAUGAUUCGUGGUCUAUUUGCCUGCUAAGUCUUGGAUUAAGUUUUGUAAAGUGCUGUAGAAUCUCGUUAACCUGACACAAACCUGUAAAAAUUAUACAUAUUUUAAUCUCGUGUCUUGAUCUUAUGCACCUAUCAAUGUAAAGCCGGCGGGGGGGAGGCAGGGCAUGGGGUGGGGAUUUGAUUGUCUUUGUUGGCCCUGGGGUAGGGCAUUUGACUGAUCUUGUUCUCCCAGGGGAGGGGAUAUUUGAAUCUUUCUUCGCCCGACGUCGAGAUAUUUGACUGCCGACUCGGACGAAAAAGACUGAGACCGAACAUAUGUUUCCCGCUUUCACGCUUCACGCAUGGGCCGUACGGUUUGAAAAGAUCAGGAAAUCAUGGAGGCCAAUGAGAACAAGCAAAGGCUGAGUGGAUUUCACUGUUUUGUCUUCGAAUUUCGUUUGUUUUAGCGUGUUUUUGAUCAACUGAACCUCUUAAAAUACUGUGGUAUCAAAGUAAACGGAAGUAAAGAGAAACCAAGUCGAUUUUUGCAAGUACAGUUGAUUAGUGUAUGGCUUAUUCGCUACAUUCACUGUAAACUGAUAAAACUGACUUGAGUUUUAUUCAGAGAUAUUUUUAUUGUGCCUUUCUUAGGUUCUGCCUCUGGAUUGACAGCAAUGUGCAGCCCAGGGUGGGGAAAUUUGGUUGCAUUUGACUGGAAUGAUUUGCCCGCCGGCAUUACAUUGAUAGGUGCAUUACUCUGUUUAAAGUCCCUUGGCCGUGGGAGAACUGGGUAUGAGAUUAAUCAAAUUUAUGACGUCAGAGACGUCAUGGUUAAAAGUGAUGAGGACAACGAGACUUACCAUGAUUGUGUUAGUUUUGUUACUGUUGAAAUUAUUGGCGUAAUUCGUGCUACCAUACAUGUACACUCUAUGACAGACAUUGCCGAUUGAUUGUUUGCUUUUUACUAAUUAAUUUACCUAUUUAUUUUAUUUAUUUAUGAUUUUUAGGUUGGCCACAUUCAAAAAAGGCAAUUAAGCCCGGGAAAGAUGUACGAAAUAAAGACACUGAGUCUUAAACCACUGAUAUUUGGUAAGACAAUUGACGUGAAACAUGUUUUAGCUUUUUAAAAAGAAAACAAAUGGCGUGAUAAAGCCCCUUAAAAGAUACGGUAUGCUCUGCUUAGCAGGAACAUCCUUUUGAGAAAUAGCAGUUUUUUAAAGACCUCAACGACACCUGUCUUCAAUUCAUAAGUCAAUUGUUCUAAUUAUAGAAAUACCCAACUUUUUAUCUGACGAGGAUUGCCAGACUGUUGUGGACCUUGCCUCUAAAGAAGGCCUGGAUACUAGUGAAGUUCAGGACCCUGAGACAGGAAUCAACAUUGAACCAACCAAUGAGGAGACUUUUAACAACUGGGAUUACAAUCACGACGGCGUCAUUGAUAAAGUUGAGGUUAGACUAAGGACGUUUUCUCGAAUUUUCAGUGGCAACAUGUCAUCGCGUUCUCUUUUCAAAGCCAUCAAACCACACUAAUUCCGGAAAUUUGAAGGGAACUGAAACUUCUUCUAACGUUAACUGUACCUCUUUUGAGGAGAAGUUAAAAAAUGUAGUUAGAAGGAGAAGUGCGAAACGUGGAAACGUUCAUUCAACCUAUAAAAUCCCUUAAGCGAAAUCAGGAAACAUUGUGAGGAGACACCUUUUCUUCUUUGUACUACACACUGGAACUCAGAUGAAUCGGAAACAAGAUAUCGGUUCAGAUAACAACAAUGUUUUAAACCAGACUACUAAACAAUUUACCACGUGACCGAAAUAACGUUCUCUUACGUUCUCUUUCGCAGGUAAUGCACAAUCUUGUAGAUCUCAGCGAUUUGUAUUUCUCAGAGGAAGACAUCGAGAAAAUGUGAGUAGUAAUUUACUACUUGAUCCGCAUGGUUUUCACAAUAAAUGGAAAGCUGUACUGAAACUUCCCUUUCGGAUACCGGAAACUAAGGACUCUGUAAGAAAGUGUUUUCAGUUUAGUGAUAAUUUCAGACACAGACUAAGGUCCAACGCUAAACACUGUAUUGCUUUGCCUACGAUAAUGAUUUCAGCCCGACAAGUUUCUUGAUGUAGAACUGACGUGUAUAAAUUAACAAAAGAACCGCGAAAAUUUAAACUUGUAAUCAUGCGUUAACUUCAGAAACCUGCUGUCUUCCUAACCAUUUUGGGUUUAUGGUUUAAUUUCUAGGUUUGAGGAAUUAAAAGUAGACAAGAACACAAAUGGUUUGUAAGCCAAUAUCAGUUUGGGAGAUUUAACGUGUUUUUUUCCAUUUUUGCUCAGAUACGGUGGUAUCCUCUUGCACUAACUGAACGCGCGAUAAAAUAACCGCCCCCUGGUUAGCUCAAUUGGAUAAGUCGUGGGUUCAAACCCCGGCCGGACCAACACUCAGGGUCUUAAAAUAACUGAGAAGAAUGUGCUGUCUUUGUUGUGACAUCUACAAAUGGUUAGACAUUCUAGUCUUCUCGGAUAAGAACGAAAAACCGUAGGCCCCGUCUCACAGCUCUUUCACUGUUCUGAUUCUUGUGGGACGUAAAAGAACCCACCCUGCUGUUCGUAAAGAGUAGGGGGCCUAGAGCCCGGUUGUGUGGUACAAUCUUUCAUUGGCUGGGUGGGUAAUGAGGGGGUUGAUAUCAUUUGAGACGUUAGUCCUGUUUCAUCCACUGUCACCGUGUUGAGUCAACGUGGCGAAUUCAAUAAGGUAAUUAGAGUAAAUAGAACUACAGAAGAAGGCCACUCUACCUAGUGACUCCAAACGCGCGAUGAAAUCUGAACUGUAAAAGAACACCAUUCACUCUACUCAGUGACUCCAAGCAUUUUCCUAAACAUUUAUCGUGCUCGUCAUGAACAAUUAAUUGUGUUGCUUAUUCAGGUGUCAUGGACCUAAGAGAGUUUCUAACAGUAAGAACAGAAAAAAUCAUGAGAUAUCUUCAUAACCUGGCGAAAACGCUGCCUCGAGUCAAGAGCCGAAAUAGCAGGCAAACAUGGUUGGACCACAGAAAGAUUAAAGGGCUCAAUGAUAGGUAUGUCAUGAUAUUUCAUGAAUUUAUCGGGCACCAGUCAAGGGCCAGCCAGCUCUUGCCUCACUUUCCGCCUGUAGACGAGAACUAUUUUUGUUUUUAUACCAUCGGUACUUUGUCAUAUUUAUAGUUCAUUCUGCAUUGUUUUACCGGUUAAUUGGAAUUUUUUUUUGUCGGGGAAUAAUGAUUUUUUGCUACGCUGCGGAGUCAAAGGGCUGAUAUAUGAUUUGAUUUUCAGAGUUGCAGCUCUAACAAAGCUUCCCAGAGCAGUAAUUGAAGAAAGUGAAGAACUUCAGGUAGGAACUUAUAAAUAGAGUUGGAUGUUAUUAUUCUCCAGGCUCAGUGGCUAGAGUGCUUGACCGGUAGGUUGGAAUUCCUGCGGGAACUCAGAAGGUUUGAGUCUACUUUGGUGACAUGGUGGACAUUUCAGCUUUCUCAGCACCAUCCUUACUAGCGUCAGUUUAAGAUAUAUUUGAAUAGAGAGGUUUGCUAGCCCUGACGGCCACAUCUACUCCUUACAUACAAAAAGAAAGGACGAGUUUGUGCGCAUUAAAUCUUAUGUCAAAUAAGCAGAUUGAAGGUUUACUAAUUACACGCUUGUUAAGCUCCAUUUCCUCUUGUAUCCUUGAUUAUGAAAGUGAUAGUAGUGAUAAUGACCAUGAUGACAAUUCUAGUAUUUUUUUUUACACGUAGGUUGUUCAUUACGAUCCCGAGGGACAUUACCACUGUCAUCAUGACUCAGAGGAUGUGGAUCCCAGAAUUCCUUGCUGUGUAUUCCGUGACAGAAGACGCUGUCGCCUCUGCAGGUACUUUGCACAGUGCGUCAUUCUUCAUAAGCUCAGUCUCGUACCCAGCUAUUUACGUGUUUUGGGAGUGAGAGAAGAUUGGGGUGAGGUUGAGGCGCGCGGGACUCAUGGGAAGGGACAGUCUCUUCCCAAGAGACCCUGCGCUCUUUAAUCUAACCUCAAUCUUCUCUCACCCACAAAACACGUCAAUAGCGCCUGGGUACGAGUGUGCUAUAAGCCCCCUGCAAUUAGUAUACACUAAAAUCUUUGUACGUUCUCCAAUAAUCUAGGCAGUUUUCUUAGUUAUUAUCUUACGUUGAAUAAUUUUAAGUUAUUAAAUAGAAACCAUAUUUCUUCAACCCUUUCCUUUAGCUAGAGACCUAAUAAGAAUUGACUUACUUUCUUGUGCAGAUAUAUCACAGUACUAUAUUUUUUAAACGACGUUGACGAAGGGGGCGAGACUGCCUUCCCAGUUGCCAAUAAUGCUACAUUUAGCAUCGAGGUAAGCGUUCCUACCAAAAUUUUUUCUAUAUUUUGUGAUGUGUGGGGUAGGGCAAACAACCACUUUCAAGUUUGAUAACCUCGGUUAACACUAAAAUUUGAUGAUCCAGUAUGGCGGCCCUCUGGAAGAUAUGACGUAUUUCUUUACCUUAUGACGUCAUAAUAUCCUGUUAAUGCUUCCGGCUUGAGAGAUUCAUGUGUCCUUGAGUAUCAUAUGGUUAUAUUACAAUUUGAGGUUGCAGGGGUACAGAUUCUUUUCUUAUUUCUUUGUCAAGUUCCCGUUCACCAAAACCAGGUAAUCAUCCAUGACAGUCUUGGAAUCUGUGCAAGUUGUGCAGUCCGGACUUCAGGUUGUGGAUUGGCUGGAUUCUUUGUCAGUGGAACUGGGAUUCUGGAUUCCAAUCGUUAGCGGGAUUCCGGGUUCCUUGGGCCCAGGAUUCCGGAUUCCACAAGAAAAAAAUUCCCGGAUUCUGGAAUCCGGAUACCCUUACAUGGGGCGACUUUUUGUGUUAAGUGUUAACGCUAAGAAAGUGAAGCGGCUUCCUGGGUGCGAAUAAUUAUGUCUCCAGGGGAGUCCUAAUCCAAUUCCUAAUCUAAUUUGGUUUUAACUAUCAUUCCUUUUGAUUCAAUCUAGUCGCAAAUUUUGCGAGACUUGACAGGCAGUGUCGUUGCAGCACUGAAAGCAUUUGUACAGUUUAACGGUCGUUAUGCAAACCCUUCCCACUAUUUUAAGGGUUUUGUUUCUUUCAGGCGUGGGCACAGAUAACUAAAUACCGCUGCGACUUGAGCAAGCACUGUCACAAGGCCAACUUAUUUGUAAAACCACGCAAAGGGACGGCAAUUAUGUGGUAUAAUCAUCUGCGAGAUGAUAAGACAGGAUGGCACGGACGACUAGACCAGAUGACUUAUCACGGAGGAUGCGACAUUCUAAAGGGAGAGAAGUGGAUUGCUAAUAACUGGAUAAAUAUUUUGGGAGAUUCACGAGAAACUAUGGUCUCUUACAAGAAUCCAAAAAAGAAAAUUUGACUACAAGUUUUGAAUAGAUUAGACCUCGGGUAGUGGAGGGAGUAACUUGCGAGUACCUGUUAUAGGCGAGGAGCUAAACAAUGGGGCCUAGGGCACUAGGUCAUGAAGGGAACUAGUCUUGUAGGCGACAGUUGAAAGGCGCGUUAGCUGACUUGUCAAAGAAAGUUCUCGGUUUACGAGACGGAGUAGACCGGACUUAGUCAUGUAUUAUAUGUGAUAAAACACUAAGGCGGUUUGCAAGCAAGUAAGAAAUAAAGUUAGGC